GGGCAGGGCUACCUGAUGGCUUUGUUUCGGGCUGUGCACUCCGGCCGGGCUGCGGCCAGCUGCUCACAGAAAGCGCUGCUGAAAACCGCGAGGCGGGGACGCAGGGAACGACGCUCAGCCGGGCGGCCACCACCGCAGAGGGUGCUGUGGAGCCCGCAAACAGAGAGGGGUGAGCGCUGGCCGGGGGCAGGACACCGGCUGUCUAAGGGCUUGGUACCCAAGAGUCAGCCAGUGUGCAGAGGCGGCAGGCGGCACGGCAGAUUGAUAAACUUAUUUAGAAAGCAUUGGUGGAAGGUUAAGGGCACAGCUCAGUGGCAUUAGUGGUAAACCACAUGAAGCCCUGGCUUCUAGCCCCACCACACACACACAACAUCGGUUAGGGGUCUUCUCUGCACCGGGCAUUAUUCUAGCACUUAGGAAGAAGGCAGAGCAAACACAGUCCCUCACCAGGGGAGAGACAUAAAAAAAAUCGACACAAGUGAAUGCAGUAUCCCAGGAGGUAAGUGUUAGAGAAAAUGAGAAAGUAGAAUAGGGAAGCAGGGGGCGCGGGGAGGAGGCACGCCCUGGGUGGUCAGAGAGGCGCUGGGGGCGUUUCAGUAAGUUGAGAGGCCUAGGGGAGAGCGCGGGGUGUGGGUGUCAGGAGAUCGCUCCGGGAGAGGACGGAAGGGCUCGAGCCUUGGACGCACAGGCCCCGGGGCAGCAAGGGAACCGGCGCGGCCGAGCGGAGGGCCUGGAGGAUCGGGCCGCGGCAGGACGGGCGGGGCGGCUCCAGCUCGGAGGCGGCUCAGGCCGCUGCUCAGAGCGAAAGGGCAGCUUCCAUCCUUCGCGGUUUUGGGCAGAGCCAUCACGUGCUCUGAUUUGAGCUGCUGCCCUGAGAAGAGGCCUACUAUGGCCAACGGAGGGUGACCAGCUCCUCCAGGCUCAGCUGGGACUUGCCGACUCUCAGCGUGGGAAGUCCGUGCCUCGGGCUCUCCGGCAGGCCCCGCGGACUGGCAGGGGUGGUCACCCUGCUGGAGGACGAGCUGCAAAACCAGCGAGGAGGCUCCCGCCGGUGUGCAGUAGGAGAGGAGGGACCCGGGAGCCGGGCAGCUGGAGCAGGCCUGUGGGAAAUGCUCGGAUCUGAACAAGAUGUGUGGCCGGCUGAGGCUGUUAGAAAAGGACGAAUCAGCGGGAGUCCAAGGUUUGCAGUUUCAGCAGCGAGGAGACAGCUGUCUUCCGCCGAGGCAGAAGAAGGGGCUCAGUUCUCUGGCCGGAGUCUGGGGCAGUGGCCCUUCAGAAGCUCCUCUGAUCGAUCGCCUUUCUCACACACUACCCCUGGGCAAACGCUCUGCGGGUAUGGCCGGGCAUCCCCGAAGCCAGGAGCCCAGAGCGGAAUGCCCGGGAAGGACGCAGACCCUGCGGCUCAAAGCGAGAGGUCACCUCUGGGACAAGCCCUGAGAGGACUGCGCCAGUCCCUGUGAGGGCGACUGGCUCGAGAGGCUGAGAACGGAAGCCCUGUGCCACCCUGGAGACAGACACCCCAGGUCCCCGCUGGGGUCCCGCUUUGCCAGUCUGGCUGGUUGCUUGGGAAUAAUUGAAAGAAUCUUCCAGCCCCUUAAAAAUAUGUUUUCUUAGAAAUCCAAAUGCCAAUGGGUACCUCCAGGUCAGACCAGAGUCUCUGAGUUUAAAAACUCACCCUUCUCCUCAAAUACAAAAAGAUGUUCCUGGCAUUAUGUUAUGAAAAGUUGCUAACAAGAAUGGAGUAGCUGAAUAGAUUAUGACACAACCGUCUGGUGGAGAAGUGUCAAGACUUUGUUUCAACACAGCAAACUUAAAAACAAGCUGCCCCUUCCUCUUCUUGCCGCCCUUCCUGAGUUGCCCGCCCCCAACUGGCUUGGUGGUGUUUUGCAGCGAUGAUACUCCACACGUGCCCGACGAGAAGCUGGGAGAGGCGGCGGUGCUGGAAAUCGUGGGACGUCUGACCAGCCUCAUCAGGGAGGUCUUCCCAGAUACUAAAGUCUAUGCUGCUAUGGGAAAUCACGACUUUCACCCCAAAAGCCAGUUCCCAGCGAAGAGCAACAGUAUCUACCAUCAGGUAGCAGAACUGUGGAGACCCUGGCUUAGAAAUGAAUCCGUCGCUCUCUUCAAAGAAGGUGCCUUCUAUUCGGAGACGCUGCCGGGUGCCAGCAGCGCGCACCGCAUCGUGGUGCUCAACACCAAUCUCUACUACAGCAACAACCGGCUCACGGCGGACAUAGCCGACCCCAGCCAGCAGUUCCAGUGGCUGGACGCUGUUCUGACCAACGCGUCCCAAGCAGGGGAGAAGGUCUACAUCAUUGGCCACAUACCCCCAGGGUUCUUCGAGAAGACGCGGGACAAGGCGUGGUUCCGGAGUGGCUUCAACAAGGAGUACCUGAAGGCGGUCCGGAAGCACCACAGGGUCAUAGCAGGGCAGUUCUUCGGGCACCAGCACACUGACAGCUUUCGGAUGUUCUACGACGACGCAGGAGCACCCAUCAGCGUCAUGUUCCUUGCCCCUGGGGUCACCCCGUGGAAAACCACGUUGGUUGGGGUGGUCAACGGCGCCAACAACCCCGGCAUCCGGCUGUUCGAGUAUGACCGAGCCACGCUGAGCCUGCAGGACAUGAUGACCUACUUCAUGAACCUGAGCCAGGCGAAUGCGCAGAACAACCCACGCUGGGAGCUCGAGUACCGGCUGACUGAGGCCUAUGGGGUGCCGGAUGCCAGUGUCCGCUCCAUGCAAGAGGUAGCGACUGGCAUUGCUAGUGACCAGGACAAGCUGCAGCGCUACUACGAUUACAACUCUGUGAGCUACGACACUACACCCUGUGGCGAGACCUGCCGGACGGAGUUCCUGUGUGCCAUGCAGGAGGUGGACUUCGACGCCUACUCCAUCUGCCUGAGGAGCAUGGGCGCCAGGCCCAGGAUAGAGGUCCUGCUGGCGCUGCUGGCCAUGCUGCUGGGCCUGCAGGCUCUACUUGCACCCUGACCUUGGGCACCAACCUCUCCUUGCGGGCGCAUCUUCCUUCCAAUAAAUUGGGGCAGUGUCACCCCUCAAAAGCUGA